AUGAAUUUAUCUAUCGAUUGUAUAGUACAACGGCACGAAAAUACUACUGUUUUACAUCUACCAGGCAUGCAGCAACAGCAAUUACAACGGGUGAAAAAGUGGCUACAAUUGCGCAAUCGUGAUACUGAUCAUCGAUUACAAGUCGAAGAAAGACGUAAAAAGCGUGAAGAGGAAGCCAAAGCUAAAAUUGACGAAAUAUUACGACGAGAGAAAGAACGAGAACAAAGAGCUAAUUCACAAAUAGCGACCCAUUUAAGAGGAAAUGCAUCGCAUAAAUCAGACUCUCUUAUGAGCUUGUCUACUGAUGUAUUAGUAACUCGACGAGCUAUUUCUGCACCACGUACACGCUCAAAACCGAUGAACAACAUGACAAAUCGACGGAAAUCAAAUGAUUCUCCAAUUACAACUUCAUCUGAAGAAACCGCUGAUAAUACAGCUUCUGCCAUCAGUUCUCAUCAGGUUAAUCCGGUUGACGGACAUCGAUAUCAUCGAUCACGUCAUUCACAUGAUGUAACAAUGACAAAUGAAGAUAAUUCUUUGUCAGGUACACCUCGUUCAUCUGCACACGCUCGAACACGGCCGAUGCCGGCAUCGUAUGCCUAUUGGUUAAAUACCGGUGAUAACAACAAUAAUCACUCAAAUGCCAGUUUUAUGCGUUCGACAUAUGCGGCUACAUGUCGAUCUCGUCUCAGCCGCAGUGUGGAACGAUGUCCUCGAGCUUGUAGAGCUCAUGACGAUUCAUCAAAUAUUGUCUCAACAACAGGAGCAGGAACAACUGCUUCGACAUUAACAGCAAAUGGUGAUCAUCAACGUCGAGGACAUAGUAUUAAUCGACAACAUUUAGAUGAAACAAUUCGUCGGCUUUCUAAACCAAAAGCAAUUAAUAUGGCUCAAUCGAUACAUAUUGGUGCGACAGUUUCAUCAGCAUCCAAUGGAAUAUCUUCGUCACACUCCAGUCAUCAAAUUCGUACGUCGGCUUCAUCUGUUCCCAUGAAUAAUCAUUCAAGUUCAACACGUGCUUCUUCCAGUACUCGAAAACCACUUAUAGCGCGUCCAAAUACUGCUCCAGUUUCUUCAGUGAUUGAUUCUGGCACAUCUCAAACGGAUGAGUCCACGAAUCGACAACCAUCAACAAAUCGUUCUGGUGCUCAUGCGAAACUUCCAAUUCCUUCGUCAUCAAAACCGCCAACAUCCUCGACGUCUUCUGUGCGUUCUAAACCACCCGUAUCACGUUCUGUAAUGACAACAUCUCAUUCAUCGUCUACGCUAUCAUCAGUAUCGACAGCCCACACUAAUAAACAAAAUGUUCGCCGUAUUAACGGCGCAUCGCCAUCGAAACCAAAAACUGAAGUCGAAUCCGUACCCACUGAACAGAAUUCACAGACAGAUACACUAUCAUCUGAACAAAUAUGCGAUGAUCAAAUCUUACCAAACGAAGAGAAAUCUUCGAAUCAUGAAGAUGCUGCAGACAAACAAGAUGAAGAUAGUAAUGAACAAACACUUAUUGAAAUUCCAUCCCUUCAGCCAGCCAGUAAUGAUACCCUUACGGAAGUCAAUAAUCCUCCCGCAGCUCUAUUAUCGAAAAAAGAACAACAGAUCCUUGAUGAACAGGAAUAUCAACGUAAACUAGGUCAAAAGAUUCGUGAAGCACAACAACGUAUGGAACUCGAGCGUCAACGUGAGGAAGAACGAAAGCGGCAACUAGAACAAGAAGAAUAUGAACGCGAACAAGAACAAAUUCGUAUUGCUGAAGAACAGCGGCGUGCUGAAGAAGAACGUUUGCAACGUGCUAUUGAAGAACGUGAACGCGAAAAUGAAUUGAAACGUCAAGAAGAAUUACGUUUGCAGCAGCAACGUGAAGAACUAGAACGAAAACAAGCUGAAGAAGCUGAACGUCUUCAACGUGAAAGACAAGAACGAGCAAAGAAAGAAGAAGACGAACGAAUAGAACGAAAGAAACGCCUAGAUUUAAUAAUGCGACGAACAAGACAAGUUUCACCAUCUCCAAAACCUGAAAUUAGUAUUAGUAAAACUAAUAUUGAUGAAACAAAUGGUCAUGAUCAACCACAAGCAACCAUAUCUCAUUCCAUUUCUGAAAAUCGUAUUCCAACAUCGCUAUCAACCGAUAACUUUCUCGCUUCGACAAACAACAAUAAUGAAUCUAUAACUGCUGAAGCUCCCAAAUUCAAAUCCCCUCUUCUUCAAAGUCUGCUUGAUAAAGCUCGAAACACUCGAUCAACAGAUAAUCUUGUUCAAUCAUCGAUGACUGCAUCACAAUUGAUGACUGAAAGUAUGAUUGAUGAAAGUCUCAAUACCAAUCAAUCAACUACUCGAACAGAUCCGUCUGACGACGAUGAUAAUGAUGAACAACUAGAUUCAGGUAUUAACAAUAUAAUCAAUGGUCAUAGUGAUUCACCUCUGUCUAUAUCGGGAAAUCUGAACUCUUUUCAUGAACAUACACUGGAAACAAGCACUACGACUCAGUAA